AGAGGAGGGCGCACCCUAUUCUCUCUUUAUAUGCACAGCAUUUGUUCUUGAAUCUCUCUGGUAUUCUCUUCUUCUCUCACACCACACCACACCACAGAAGAGUGAGAAAGGGAAUGUUCCACCCAGCUUCCAAGAAGCUAUCAACUAUGAAUUCUCAUCAUCAUCACCACCACGAGCGCCCCAUGUGCGUUCAAGGCGACUCCGGUCUCGUCCUCACCACCGAUCCCAAGCCCCGUCUCCGGUGGACCGUCGAACUCCAUGAACGGUUCGUCGACGCCGUCACUCAGCUCGGCGGCCCUGACAAGGCGACUCCGAAGACGAUCAUGAGAGUUAUGGGGGUGAAGGGUCUGACGCUGUACCAUCUCAAGAGCCAUCUUCAGAAAUUCAGGCUGGGGAAGCAGCCACACAAGGAUUUCAACGAUCAUAACUCCAUCAAGGAUGCGUCGUCGUCUUUAGAUCUUCAGAGAAACAACGCAUCAUCAUCAGGAAUGCUCAGCCGCAACAUGAAUGAUAAUGUUCAAAUAACUGAUGCAAUUAGGAUGCAAAUGGAGGUCAACAGAAGACUCCAUGAACAACUGGAGGUUCAAAGGCACCUGCAGCUACGAAUCGAAGCUCAAGGCAAAUAUAUGCAGACAAUUCUGGAAAAGGCCUGUCAGACCCUCGCCGGAGAAAACAUGGCAUUAGCCGCCGGCGGCUACAACAAACCCCCAAUGGGGCCGGAAAUCUCAGGAAUCAAAGAAUUCGGACCUGCUGCAUCCAUGAACUUCCCAUCUCUUCAAGAUCUCAACAUCUACGGCCCCACAGAUCAGCUCGAUCUCCAUCACCAGACCAUGGAAAGAUCUUCAUCCAUGGAUGCUUUCAUGGCGAGCAGCAACGACAGCUUCCUGACAACCAAAAAACGCCCAAAUCCAUACACCAACAACAACAAUAGCACUGCCGGGAAGAGCCCCUUGCUCUGGCCUGACGAUCUGAGGCUGCAAGAAUUAGGAAGUGCAGCAGCAGCUGGAUCGUGCCUGGAUGAUCACCACAUUCAGCUCGCCCCUUUGUCGAUGGAUAGAGGCAGUGAUGUCGAUUCCGUGACCGAUAUUUAUGAAAGCAAGCCUAUUCUUUCUGGAGAUCAGUCCAUUGGGGACAAGAAAUUCGAUUCUUCGGCAAAGCUGGAGAGGCCUUCCCCUCGCCGGACGCCGGUGGCUGAUCGUAUGAGCCAAUCCACCAUCAGCGCCGGCGGUCGAGCGUCGCCGUUUGGGUGAGCAACAAUAUUUUAAUUAAUUAACACUCUUUAUAUAUGGAAUUAGGAUGAUUAAUGCUUCUAAUAGAGGGUUUGGAUUUUUAACCUUAGAGAAAGAAUGAGUAGCACCAAAAAUGGCAUGUUUUAGCCAUUUUUUCUGCUUAAUUAUAUAUAUGUGACCAACUUUAUUUUAAUUAAAAUAACUCCUAGCAUGCUCUCUUCUCA